AUGCAACCACAUCAGAAGUCCAACAAGGAACUCGAUUUCGAAUGGGCUUUCCUGAGCGAGGAGGAGCAUCGCACUAUUCGUACAUUAACUCAGAUCCUCUCUUGGGCACAGCCGCUGGUCGAAGAGGAUGGCCUAUGUACCAACGACGUUGACCAGGUCUGCUUAGAGAGAACUGGGGCGGAACCGAAAUCCCAACGCAACCUUCUCAACAGCUUCCUGCAAUCCAACGAUGGUGGAGGUUCUGAGGCUAUUGCGCUAUUGCCUGGUUGCUUCAGAGCUGGCGGGCUCGCACUCUUUGCUGGUGGGUCUCAAGGGUUGCUGGGGAAGUCAGCAUCUGUGGACGACCAGCAAGAAGGAAAUGGCGAUCCCAGGCCGGCAAACACACCCCAGAAUGGAUCCAAGGACCUGAGUUUUCCCAGAGGUGAAAGAUGCAGAGUGGGGUUUACGCACUACGAAGUUCCUCCCAGCUUUGUGCAUAACGCGCUGCCGUCCUUUCUCGACCUUCUAGAGAACCGCGGCAACCAAGUUCCUCCAGCCCUUACCCUCCAGCUCACCCUGUUGCUGCUGAAGCAUUGCCAUGUGCAGAUCGGCAAAGAAGCGCGUCAAAAGUCAUUUGAGGACUUUAACCUUUUCAUGACCUGUAUCGGACUGAACCGGCUAUGGGAGCGAUUCGACUUUGGGGCGAGCUCUCGGAACUUUUACGACAUCAUGUGUCUCCUGGACGAGGACGAACCGACGGCAGGAUCGCUCAACGAUGCGGUGAGCAAAAUGAAGUCUCCCAAUGCUAAUGAGGAGAAUUCAAGCGGCGUUGCUCACCUCACCAAGCACAAAAAGGCAUUAUUCAAAGAACUUUUGUGGAGGCUCCAGCUCAUCAGCAAGGACGAGCACCAGGAGUCUGGAAAGAUUGACUACAAUGCACCUCGCUUCUUCUACAGAGUUUUAUCCAGUCUUCUGAAGAAGCUGAAGGUUAGACUGAACUGUGCUAAGCUAUAUCAGCCUCCUAAAGGGCGGCAAUCGACUUUUGAUAGGGCAGCUUUCGGCAAUGCCAUACGUGCUCUGGUCGACAUUGUGCAAGCCCUAUGGCUCUUUGUCGACCACUUUCGACAAGUGGGUAGCCCGUAA